ACAGCCUCCUCUCUCUCUCAAACCUUCACCGCCUCUCUCAUUCUUUAUCACACUCUCUCACAGACUCCUCUCUCUCUCUCUCUCAACGAUGGCUCCUUCGACUGGAAUCCCCAACGAAUCACGUCGUCGCCCUCGCCCUACCGAAUUACAGCUCCCAGGUUAGUGAGCCCCUCGUCUCGGUCUCGAUUCCUCUUCCAUCUAGACUUCUUAGGGUUUCGAUUUAGACUUCUUAGGGUUUCGAUUUAGACUUCUUACGGUUUUGAUUUAGACUUCUUAGGGUUUCGAUUUAGACUUCUCACGGUUUUGAUUUCAAGUUUUUGCUUUUCGGUUUUGUCUCCCUUUAAAGUUUUGAUUCCUCUUAAUACUCUCUGUCUGUCUACAGGUAUGCGGCAAGGGAGACCACAAAUGACCUUAUCGGAUCCUUCUGCCAUGGCCCCAUCUUUUUCUCCUCCUGGAGUUGUACCUCCUGGAGCUGUUCCUCACGCAUCUGUCGGGUCUUCAAGUGCUGUGCCUGUGGCUCCUGCCCCUUAUGUCAGGAGAAGAGAAGAUGCUCUGCUAUGUGCGCCAUCCAGACGUAACCAGCCACACCUCCACCCUGACAAGACCAAUGGAGCAUUGUGGUUUGGUAUUGAUCCUGAAGUCCAUGCUUUUAUCCGAGCAACAUGGCAGGGAAACUACUGGGGGUCGUGGGCAAGCUGGAACUUCGUUCCACCUGAGAAGAAGGAUCAGUGGUGGCAUGCGUUCAUUCAACACUACUACUGGGAUGACCAAUUCCAUGAUGAAAUCUACUUGAAGUGGAAGAAACAAACUCAGGUUACCGUAUGUGGCCGCAUCAGCCAGAACAGGAGAGAUAAUAGGCAACCUUCUUACAUGUCAGACGCUCACUGGGCAACAAUGGUUGAGAAGUACAACACUGAGCAAGCAAAAAGGAAGAGUGCAAAAGCUGCAAGAUCUCGUAAGUCUGCUCCAGUUGGGAAGAAGAUGCACAAGCACGGUGCAGGCCCACGCUGUUUCCUGAACAUUGCGUAUCAAAUGAUGGUUGAUGAAGGUUUGGAUGAACCACCUUCAUACACAGCCCUUGCAAGGAAGACUCACACGUGUAAAGAUGGUUCCUUCCUAGACGAACGUACGGAGGAACUGGUGCUGGAGGUUGAGGAAGCCGUUGAAGAGAUGUUACAAGAUGGAUCUCCACUAGGAGACAGUCAAACUGACUCCACUGCUGCUUCAAAUGCAAAGCGCUAUCUUCUCAACCAAGAAUACAUCAAGAGAGGAAAGACAAAUAAGGGUACAAUCUACGGCCUUGGCAGUGUUCAGUACAAGAACAGCAGUCCAUCUGUGCCAAUUCCUGUCUCACUGCAGCGUAACCUAGACGUUGAUAUGCGCAUGUCUGGCUUUGAGACCACCAUUUCUGAAGUCAAGGGAGACAUUGCUGGAGUCAAGGAAGAUUUCAGUGCUUUGAAGGCAGAAAUCAAUGCUUUCAAGACUCAAGUAACGGGGGGGAUGUCAGCUAGCCAAGCAACUCUCAACAUUAUUCUGCAAACUCUCCAAUCUCAAGCUUCCACUCCUGCCUCAACUGCACAACCAUAUCAGCCUCAAGCUCAGUCACAACCUCAAGGUCAGCCCCAAGCUCCCAUUCAAUCUCAACAUCAGCCACAAGCUCAAGGUCAGUCUACGGCUCUACCACAACAUCUCACGAUCAAUAACCCAUCUGAGUUAGAUAGGUGGUGCCAAGACCUUGGUAUGUAAGGUUUGGUCAGUUGAUGUAUUAAGCUCAAUCUUUUGUGUACUUUGUUUCAAGUUGUAUUAUCUUUUGAAUGUUUAAAACUGCAACUUUUAUGUAAUAUAUUUUAGUUUCUAUGAUAUUUUAGCUUUUAAUUCGCAUUUUGCAUUUUAUAAAAAUUUCAAAUUGGUGCUUUAUAAUUGUUUUUAAUUUUUUUUUAUAAUUAUUAAAACUACCCACGAAAACAAUCGUAGCAAACCGUAGCUUAUUGCUACAUUACCAUCCGUGUCAAACCGUAGCACAUUGCCACGCAUGUUUCGUCUCAAAUCGUAGCAAAGUUGCUACGAAAAGUUUCGUGGCAAUACGUGGCAUUUUGCUACGUUUUUUGACACGCGCUGUUUUUGCUACGCUCGUAUACGUACGUUUUGCGUUUCGUAGCAUUUUGUGGCUUCUGCUCCGUAUAGCCACGAAAAUUUGGUCAUACCCACGAAAAUUAACGUGGCUGUGGCCCUGUUUUUUACUAGUGGCUUGUCUAAUUACGUAGUCCAUUAUAUUUCUUUUCACAAAACUUUAAUCAAUGUUCUUUAAGCCAACGGGCUUGAGAAUUUGAUCCAACGAUCCCCCACAUGAAUAGAAAUGACUCUAAACAUAUGCAGACUAAAUGCAGACUCGAUAAACUCUAAAAAACGAUACUUAUUCUAAUCCUGACUAGACUAGACAGACUUAUCUAGAGUGUUUGCGAAAAAUUUAUUGUGUUUGAGUUGGUGGCAUUUUUAAGCCAUGAACCACUCGUAGUUAAUAUCUGUCGGGUUUACUUUACCAGAAGGUGAACAUGAUGUCUUGAACCAACCAGUGUUUUAAGUAAAUCGUGACAACAUGCAUAACACAACUUCAUUUUCUCGUAGAAUUUAGUUCUCUAUUGUCUUCAUUGUGGCCCUGAACUCUUCCUAGUUUUCAUGAGUGAACUUAGAGAAUAUAGCCUUGCAUUCAUUCUCCUAGAAACCGUCCCAUUUCACA